GCGAAACCUUUCGAGGCCGCCAUUUUAUUUUUUCAAGUGGGGGCUCUGCGCCAUGGCGCACGUGGACUCCGCGAGCACGGCGCCGGGGCAGUCCGAGUCCGAAGGCGAUGCGCUGGCCAGUGUCAGGCAGCGGAAGCCGAACGUGGAGCGCAUGGAGCGGCAGGCACGAGAGCAAAAGGUGAGGCCGCCGUCGAUGCGUUCGUCGCAAGGCACCUCCCCCGCCUUCCAACUCCUGGUGGACCAGCUGGUGCAGCAGCACAUCUCCGAGCUGAACAUGGCAGGAGCUGUGAGCUCUGUGAACUUGAGCCUCCCGACGGAGAUGAUGCCACGACAGGUCUCCGACGCGCGCUCAGCGCGGAGCGCCUUCUCGGAGAAGAGCGGCUUUUCAGAGGCCUCCAGCGACAAGGAAAGAAAGGCGAACAAGCUGAAUCGCAGCGGGACUAUAACGCAGAAUGUCAUGUGCGCCCAUCAUAAGCUCAUGCACGAGGUCAAUGCUAGUGAGAUCCUCGGAGCCUUCGACGAGAGCAAGCUGAAGGAGCGGCAAGAGGAGGAGCAGGAGCUCCACCGACUAUCUCGGACAAUGACUGGGGGGUCGGCUUUCCAAGACUUCGCUUGGUCCGAGAUGGAGGAGAAGAGCAUCGUCGAGCGCUGCCAGGUCUUCCUGCAGUCCACGAAGUACGAGUUCCUCAUCGCCCUGGUGCUGGCGGCCAACGUCUUCCUCAUGGCGCUGGAGCUUCAGGUCCUCGGGGUGUCCACAGGCAAGGACUUGGGGCUCUACCCGGACGGGCCAUUCGUGUCCACGGAUGCCUGGACUACCUUCUUUCGCCUCGGAGAUGACAUCUUUGCAGCUGUUUUCAUCAUUGACAUUCUUGUCAAGCUCGCCGUCCUGAAGCGGCAGUUCUUCCGCGUGUGGCUCAACUAUGUGGACCUCGCCGUGAGCGUCACCUCAGUUCUGGAGGUGGCCCUGAACCACUCGCUGGAGCUCCCAGUGAGUCCGGUUUUAUUCCGGCUGCUGCGGAUCGGCAAGCUGGCACGCGCCAUCCGCAUGAUCUCCAUGACCACCAUCCUCCUGUCUCUUCAGCUGCUGAUCAAGUGCCUGGCCGCCAGCCGGGACAUGCUCUUCUGGAGCUUCUGUUUGCUCUCCUUCGUCCAGUGUGUUGCAGGGAUGAUCCUCAGCACCCUCUGCCAAGACUUCAUCGCGGACAAAGCGAUGGACAUGCAGUUGCGAGAAGAUGUCUUCCGCUAUUAUGGCACCUUUACUCGGACCUUUUUGACCAUGUUUGAGAUACUCUUUGCCAACUGGAGCCCAGCCUGCCGCGUGCUGGUGGAGAACGUCAGCGAGUGGUUCUCCGUAUUUUUUCUCCUGUACCGCUGCGUGCUGGGCUUUGCGGUUAUCAACGUGGUGAAUUCCGUCUUUGUGCAGCAGACCAUGAAGACGGCAAGCUCUGACGAGGACCUCGCCUUUCGGCAAAAGCAGAAGGACAUCGUUGCCUACACUCGCAAGGUUCGGAAGCUCUUUCAGACCAUGGAUGCUUCCUGUGACGGAUCCAUCAACUUGGAGGAAUUCUCCAAGCUGGUCUCAUCUCCAAAGCUCAAGUUCUGGAUGAGCCAGCUUGAGUUGGAGUACCACGACUUGCUGAGCCUUUUUGAGUUUUUAGACAACGGAGAUGGGCAGAUCACUUUGACGGAGUUCAUUGAGGGCGCAGCCAGGCUGAGAGGCCAGGCCAAGGCCUUGGAUGUGUGGCGCAUGGAGACUAAGGUGGAGGUGCUCUUCGAAGAGGUCUUCAAGCUUUUAAGGGCAACCUCCGCGAUGACCAGCCAGAGCCCAGCGGAGUUCGAGGUAAUAAGAACGGCCAGCAUCCAAGAUGUCUUCGCAAACUCCUCCUACAAGCACAUCAAGAGCGUGGCCACCUCCCGGAUCAGCCAGUCAGAGGGCCAGGACUUGACGGCCUCAGAGGCGGAAGCCAAGUUCACCUGAGAAUGCGGUGGAUCCCCCGGCGCGGGUUCGCAGGUGCGAGCCAUCCUCAGGUGUCCGGCGAUUUUUCCCGACUUUCUUCAGGCCUUCGGUGAAGAAAAGAGAGAGAAAGACCGCAGGUGCAGCUGCGGGGGAAUGCAUUUGCCGGUUGCCGGCGCCGGCGCGUGGCUUUCUUUUUGCCCAAAAGGACACCUGGGUCCGCAAGUUUUCCUCGUUUUUCCCCGUGCACGAGCACUGGUUUUCUGCGCGUUGUGGACGACGUGGCAGUUUCCAACGCUAGGAUCCGUGGCACCACAGGCACCAA